UUGUCUAUGUUUAUAGGUCUAUGAUUUCUACUGCAAGAUUGAUAACAAACAAGAUAACAAAUUAGUUUUUCAUUUUCUGUUCUAAUAUUCUAUAGUUUAUUGACGAAUGCGGUUUCAGUUUAUUUCUAUUAUUACCAGUGACAUUAAUAAGAAUUUUUCUUUGUUUUUAAUUUAGUUUUAGCGAUACACAUAGAGUGUAUUUUGUACAGAAAUUGUAUAAGUCAUUUUUUUAUUAUGUCUUUAGUUUGCGAUCUGAACAAAAACGUAUUUGUUUAUGUGUUCGUCAUAUUUUUAAUUGUUUGAAAAUUAAACGUGGUAGGUACAAGUACAUUUAUAAUAAACGAAUUGUAUUAUUCGUACUGAGCCUACUGCGAUUAUAUUAUGAGUAUAUUUAAUAAUUAGAACACAAUAUCCAUUAGGUAAGCAGAAUUGUGUUAUUUUUAUUUGUAUUUUAUUUUAUUUUAGUAAAUAUCUACUUAGUUAAAACUUUUUCUAAUGGGAAAUAAUUAACAGAUCUUUAUUUUGUCGUGAUGUAUACCCCAAAUACAUUGUAAUUAAUAGUAAAAAUAGCUACUUGAUUUUUUAAAAUGAAUUAUCGUAGAUAGUUAUAGACAAUGGUGUUUCCAUAGGGUAUACUCCGUGUCUACAUAUAUGUCUUAUUAUACUUGUAUAACAUAUUACAAAUAUGGGUGUAGGUUAUCUUAAAGUUAGAAAAAAAACAUUAAUUUGAUGUAUUAUUACUACCUGUUUUAUUACAUACGCCACCAAAAUCGUAAUAGAAAAUAGGAUAUAGGUAAAUCCUGUUUAAUACCGGCUCACUACUUAAAUUAUUUUUUUUUCAACACCGAGUUUGAUGGUACAAUUAUAAUUUUUUGGUAGGACUUAUUUUUAAAAUGUAUUAAAAAUUGAAUAUUAUGACAAAGCAAUAGUUGAAAACGUUAGUUAUCACAAAGUUUUUUCACUUUUUAUUUUGAAAUUUAUAUAAAAUUACUAGACAAAAAUACUGGUGAAAUUAUAAUCUGGUGAUCAUAUUUAAUUUUUGAGUUGCCUAUCAGCAUUUUAAAUUGCAUGAUAUUGAAUUCAGUAUAUUAACGCAUAUUAGCAUUCUGCACUUCAAAUACAACCCAUAAUACCCAGGAAUACAAGGCUUUCUGAUUGGUUCGGCAUUUUUCACAAUAAACUAUUUAAAUUAUUCAUUAUUAUUAUUAUAUUAUCUUAUCAUAAGAAAUUUAAUAAGCCGUCAUAUACUUACUUAUAUAUUGUAACUUUUAAGUACCUAGUUACAUCACUAAUAUAAAGAAUUAAUAUUUUAAAAAUUAGAACUGAUUAUCCAUAGCUAUUAGAAAUUAUUAUAUAAUAUAUUUAUUUUUCAACUCCAUAUUUACAUUUUAAAUAUAAAUAAUUAAAACUUAUAAAAAACAAGAUAAAUUGUUAAAAUAACAUCUUUGAUAAAUGUUUGACCUUUUUCAACUUUUGAAUACAAUUUUUUAUGAGUCAUUGUUAAAACAGAACAUUUGUAAUGAGAUUCCACAUCCCUAUCUACAGUCUCUAUCUUGCAAACGCACAACAUACCAAAUUUGCAUUUAAUAGUUUCAAAAACAUGACUUACUGAGUAACUUUUGGAGAAACACAUCUUAAAUAAAAUUUGCAGAGAACUUAGUUUAGGAGUCGAGUAUUGAUAUUUUAAUUAUUAAGCUUAAUAAUCAAAAGUAAAAUAUUACCAUGCUUAAAACUAAAUAUUGGACACUGAAAAAAAAAAUAAAAUAAAAAUUGAUACGUAUAGUUUUCUAUUCCCAAUUUAUUUUCAAAUACUUAUAUAAUAUAAAUGGUUCAAUUUUAUUUUAUUUAUUAUGAAAUAGAUUAUAGAUGCAUAAUUAUUAUAAUUUACAUGUACUAACUUGAACAUUAUUUAAUUACCCUAUUAUACAAUUUUAGGAUUUUUUCAAUAUACUACUAACUAUGGCUAAUCAGGAAGAACCUAUGUUGACAAAUGAUAAUUCCAAAGAAAAUAGUAAAACUAACGGUUCCGUUCCAGAAUUAGAUGAUACGGAACCACCUAAAGUUAUUAUAAAUAAUCCUCCAACUAUAAAAAUUACUAGUAACAGAUUACAAAAACCAAGUGACUUGGAAGAAAAUAAAGACUCAGAUGAUUGUUUGAUUAUUUUACCAAACACUGAAAUUAUCGAUAUUACUGAUGACAAUGGGGACAAAGAUGAAUCUAAUAAAGUGAUUUCUGUAAAUGAAAUUCAAGAAACACAUUUAACAUCUAAAGAAGAAUCCAAGGAACCUGAAACUGAGGUUAUAUCUGAAGAUGAAAUGCUUGUUGGUUCUAUGGCUAUUGAUACUGAAUCUGUAUCAGAAGAUGAAUUACCACCAACUACUUUAGCUGAUCAAAUUGAAUCAGUAUCUGAUGAAGAGUUGCCUAGUGAAAACGGUUCAGGCAAACUAAAGAGGGGGAAAAGUCCUAAUAAACAAGAUGAUGAAAUUAAACCUAGAAAACAAAUUAAAUUUGAAGAAGUGAAGCCAAUUACUGAAUUUGAUAAGUUUUGGCAAGCUGUUAGAGAUGAUCCUUCAGAUUUUGCUGGGUGGACUUAUUUACUACAAUAUGUUGACCAAGAGAAUAAUAUUGAAAAUGCAAGGGAAGCAUAUAAUAAGUUCUUAGAACGAUAUCCUUAUUGUUAUGGGUAUUGGAGAAAAUUUGCAGAUUUUGAAAAAAGAAAUAAUAAUAAAAAUGAAUGUGAAGUAGUUUUUCAACGUGGUUUAAAGGCCAUACCACUCAGUGUUGAUUUGUGGAUUCAUUAUAUGACUUACUUAAAAACAUACCAUACUGAUAAUGCAGAUCGUAUUCGUAGCCAGUUUGAAGAAGGCUUAGAAAUGUGUGGUCUUGAGUAUCGAUCUGAUCGUUUAUGGGAUCAUUAUAUUAAGUGGGAAAUUGAUCAUAAUAAAUUAGCAAAUGCUUUUGACAUAUAUAAUCGUCUUCUUGCUACACAAACAAUAGGUUAUUUAACACAUUUUGAAAAUUUUAAAGACUUUGUGAACAAGAAUGAACCUGAUAAAUUUCUAAAAGAAAAAGAAUAUCUUGAAUUGCGACAAAAAAUAACUGAAAUACUAAGGAUUAGUGGAAGUGGUGAAUUGUUGACAGAUGAUUCAGCGCCGCCGGGGGAAGAAAAAAAUACAUUUACAUCUGACGUGUCCGAAAAAGAAUUGUCAUUAAUAAGAGAAGCAAUUAUUGAAUCAAAAUACAAAAUUCAUAAAGAAACUGGCAAAGAAAUAGAAAAACGUCAAGUAUUUGAAGAAGGUAUCAAGAGACCUUAUUUCCAUGUAAAGCCAUUAGAAAAGUGUCAGAUAGAUAACUGGAAAAAUUAUAUUGCUUUUGAAAAGGAAGCUAGAAAUCAUAAUCGCAUUAUUGUUGUUUAUGAAAGAUGUUUGAUAGCGUGUGCAUUGUAUGAAGAUUUUUGGUUAAGCUAUGCGGAGUAUUUAGAAUCAUUAAGUUUUGACGUAAGUGAUUUAUUAAAUAAUUUAUUUACUCGAGCUUGUUUAGUUCAUCACCGUAAGUCACCCGAAUUACAUUUGAAAUGGUCUAUAUUUGAAGAGAUCAAAGGAAACAUGGACAAAGCUGCUGAAAUUCUGAAAAAUAUUGAUGAAGUCGUUCCACAUAUGUUACAAAUAAUUUACAGGCGCAUUAAUUUGGAGAAAAGAAGACUCUGUUAUAAUAGAGUAUGUGAAUUGUAUGAGUAUUAUAUUAACACUUCUCAUACUAAGUUCUUAACAUCAAAUAUUGCCAUAAAAUAUGCACGUUUCCUUUGGAAAUGUUAUAACAAAAUUGACAAGGCUAUACAAGUUAUUACAGAAAUCAUUAAUAAAGAUAAAGAUAAUAUGCAAGAAAAUGCCAGAUUAUUGUUACAUCUUGUAGAUUUAAAAAUUAAUGUUACUCCUUUAAAUGAAAAUUCAGUCAUUCAAACGUUUGAUGAAAUACUGUCAAUGAGUAGUGUUAAUUUAGAACAAAAAAUAUUAUUUUCUCAACGUAAACUAGAAUUUAUUGAAGAUUAUACUUGUAAUUAUAAAGCUUUACGUAAAGCUACUAUUGAGUUUAAGUGUUAUUCAGAAUUGCUUGCCAAAGAGAAAAAGAAAGCAUCAGCUGCUGCUGAAGAAGAGAAAUCUAGACUUGAAAAAGAAAUAAAAGCAAAACAAACACAGGAAAUGGCUGCAUCCUCAAGUUCACAGGUCCUCUCUACUAACUACCAAUCUUAUAAUAACACUGGGUAUUAUCCUCAGCAAUAUGCAGCAGGGUACAAUCAAGCAGCUUACCAGCAAUACCCGACCACCGGACAAGAAUAUACAUAUCCUUAUCAAAAUUGGAACUAUCCACAAGCAAACUAUAAUCAACCAUGGGGAUCGUACAAUUAUAGCGGCACUGGUGGAAGUGGUGGAUAUUAAUUUUAAUGUAGAUAAUUAAUAAAUAACAGUGUCAUAUACACCAUAAUUAGGCAAUAAUUAUUUAUUAUAUACAAAUAUAAACAACAAUAUAAAAUUUUGUCAUGAAUAACAAUAUUAAUAACAAUAAAUAAAAAAAUACCAUACAAUAUUUAACAUAUUUUAUGUGUUAUAUGUAACACUUUUCAAUGAUAUUUUGUAGACUCAUUUGUUUUGAUUUUUAUAAAUAACAAAUAAUUACGACAAUUACAGUUUUUGUUUUAAUUGAACAAUCUCCAAUAUCUGUUUCCAAAAGUUCAUCCUGGAACUGUUUAAUAAUUCAUCAACCAUACACGUAUUGUCUCCAUCUAAUGAUAAAUAUUUGGGAUCAUUUAUACUUGUACUAUUCCAUGUAACAUUUAAAUCUGGUGAAUUUGGAUUUCUAAAUUAAAAUGUUUAUAAUAAAAUAUUUCAUUUUUUUAAUAAAAUUAACAAAUAUUGAAACUAUGAUUUUACUUUAAUUUUUAACUUACCCAGUUUUUGCAAAAUUGCACCACAGCUUGCUCAUUAUUCUACACAUUCUGUAUUCCGGAGAGUUGAGUUUAGGUAAAAAUCCAAAUAAUUGGCCAUAAAACAAAUAAUUCAAUUCAUCUGCAUGACACGCACCUAUAAUAUAUAUAUUUUAUUGGGUU